AUGUGUGAGUGGGUUUACAAGCGCUUCCUCCCGCUCUUAGGGCUUGUCUGCUUCUGUGUCUCACUACAAUGGCACGUGCAGCGGUGGCCAACAGUUUAUAUCAUGGACUUGAUCGGGCAUAGCGGAUACGGCUCUUCCUCGGAUUCGUGGACCCAGCAUGAUCUAGAGGCUGCCGCAGGCCUGUGGGACUACCGGGGCUCGGUCCCGGUUUUCUCGACUUCUCAGGAUAUCGCUACCGUUCGGGCCGAUCCUGAAACUUGCGGGCCUCAGAUGGAAAAUCCCUUCGACGAUAACGUGUUGCUCGCCACAGAUACUGCGACGGGGCCUCAAAUUCUCCUAUGUGGUUGA